GUAACAAGUCUUUAGUAAAUACCAUUGAACGGGUCUCCUCGUCUUGUCAACAGCAACGUACUUGCACAUCAAUUUGCGAAUCAAUAGUUUGCAAAUGCAAGUAAUAAUAUCGUAUACAUACAAAAAAAUCAAAACAGAAUAAUUUAAAAACAAUAAAUCGUAUUAAGAAUAAAGAAUUUUUCAAAAUGUUGAAGUGAGUCACUCGAUUCAAUUUUUAUGGAAUUAUAUUUUAGCUUGGAAGGAAAUUCCGGAAGUCGAGUCAACCGCCAUUUUGUGUUCGUUGAACAGGAUAAAGACUCUGUAAAUGACGGCUUGAUUCAUUCUGAAUAAUCUUCGUGUAAUUAUUGUUCUUUUGUUUUUUUCUUCGUCAUUCGUUCGGCUUUGCCGUGUUAAGCAGCGUUGAUGAUUGGGAUUCCGCGUGACGAUCGACAUAAGAUCACGGUUAAAAUCCGCAACAAUAUGAAAAGAAGCUCCAGCCGAGAUACUCCACCUCCUCGCGUCAAACGGAGCAGAUCUUCUAUGGGACGAUACGAUGAUUCUAGUGAUGAACGAAUAACUCCUGAAAGAAUUCGCCGUCGUAGUAGUAGAGGUGCAAGAAGUCCUAGUCCGCCGACGCGUGCCUCCUCUCAUGCUCGAUACGUAGAAUCAAGUUCUCACAGAGAUGAUUAUUUAAGAGCACCUAGAGAAUUACCUCCAGAACGCCCGUACAGUUACAAAGUUCUUUGUAUCAGUUCAAUUCAUCCAAAAGCAAGUGAUGAGGUGAUUAAGGAUACUCUUUACAGAGAAUACAAAAAGUUUGGAGAUUUUUCCAUUAGAAUUUCUCAUGAGCUAGAUGAACGUGUUGCAUAUGUUUGCUUUAGAAGUUCAGAAGAUGCUAGAGAUGCAAAACAUGCUAAACCAAGAAUUAUUAUGUAUGAUAAAGUAGCACUUGUUGAACCAGUUUAUGAGAGACCUGACACUUACCGUCGUCCACGUUCGAUUACACCACCCGAUUACGAAAGAUAUUAUGCUAGAAGUCCUGGUCCAACAGACAGACACAGACCUUUAGAACGAUAUGAAAGAGUUUAUGGACCUCCAGUUGGAUUACCUCCACCACAUAGAGAAAUGAGACGUGAAGCAAUUCCACCACCUCAUCAUGAUUUUGUUCGACCUCCAAUUCAUCAUGGACCACCUCAUGUUCAUCCUGGACCACCUCAUCAUUAUGGUCCACCAAGACACAUGAUGAUAAGACAUCCAGUCCACGGAUUUGAGCGAGUGGAAAAUAAAAAGGAUAAAUUCCCUAAUUAUUUACAUCAUGUGUCUCCAGAAGAUGAUCCGCUUGCAACAAGAACUCUCUUUGCAGGGAAUUUGGAAAUCAAUAUUACAGAAGAAGAAUUGAGGAGAAUUUUUAGUAAAUAUGGAAUUGUUGAUGAUAUUGACAUUAAGAGACCUCCACCAGGGACAGGAAAUGCUUAUGCUUUCGUCAGAUUUCAAACUUUAGAUAUGGCACAUAGGUGUAAAGUUGAACUUUCUGGACAAUACAUAGGAAAAUUCCAGUGUAAAAUUGGUUAUGGAAAAGCCACACCUACUACAAGAAUUUGGGUUGGCGGUUUAGGACCAUGGACUUCUGUACCACAAUUAGAAAGAGAAUUUGACCGAUUCGGAGCAAUAAAAAAAAUUGAUUAUAUAAAAGGCGAUAGUAACGCUUACAUUUUAUACGAUUCGAUUGAUGCUGCUCAAGCAGCUGUUAAAGAAAUGAGAGGAUUUCCACUAGGCGGCCCUGACAGAAGACUGAGAGUAGAUUUUGCAGAUGUAACUCCUGGAUUUGGAUUUAAACCAAGACCUUAUCCAGAAGAAGGUGGAGAAUUUAGACCAAGGCCAGUAGAUUAUGAACCAUCUUAUGAUCCUUACGGACCAGACAGUGACUUUGGUUAUGGACCAAGAGGGUUUAGAGGUAGGGGAUCUGCUCCAUGGCAUGAAAGGAGAGGUGGAGGAAGAGGAGGUUAUCGCGGAAGUUAUCCUGAAAGUUAUAUGAAAGACGAAGCUGAUUGGUCUAGUCGCAGGCCACCUCCAGAGUUAGAAUAUGAAACUCCACGAGGUUUACGUCGGUCUUUGUCAAGAGAGCCUGGUGUAGAUCGAUCACGAUCAAGAUCUCCCCGUAGAAGACAAAUUGAUUCAGAUUCAGACUCCGAAAAUACUCGUAGUGGAAUGCUUUCUACUUCCAGAACGCUACCUGAAGUUGCCAGAAAAUCGAUAGCAGUUUGGCAAGGAGCAUUAAUUUUAAAGAAUUCUCUGUUUCCAGCUAAAUUUCAUUUAACCGAUGGUGAUACAGAAAUAAUUGAAGCUUUGAUGAAGGAUGAAGAUGGAAAACACAUGCUAAGAAUUACACAAAGACUACGUUUAGAUCAACCAAAAUUAGACGAUGUGUCAAAAAGAAUUCAAACUUCUAGUUCGCAUGCUAUUUUCUUAGGAUUGGCUGGUUCAAGUACAGUUAUUUCUACAGAUGAUGCAAAUGUGCAAACGAGACCCUUACGCAACCUGGUAUCAUAUUUGAAACAAAAAGAGGCGGCUGGAGUUAUUUCACUGCUUAACAAAGAUACAGAGGGAACAGGAGUACUUUAUGCGUUUCCACCUUGUACAUUUUCUACAGAAUUACUAAAGAGAACAUGUCCAAGCCUCAGUGAAGAAGGACUCAAGGAGGAUCACCUGGUAAUCGUCGUUGUUAAGGGGGGUAGCGCCUAAGUUUUCUUUAUAAUCAAGAGUUAAAACAUACACAUGCAUAUACUGACUAGAGUGUUUAGUAUCAUCACAUUGAAAACAUUAUUUACAGCUUUGAAAAACUGCUUUAUAUGUAACAUUUUUAAUAAGCCUAUACUGUGAAUCACAUUUUCUAUACUUAAUUUUCAUAAAUAAUUAAUUUUAAUAUAAUUUUAAGAUUUGUAAAAAUAAAAUGGUUAAUAGCCAUGUAAAAUUAUUUUAAAUAUUGCAAUGCAUAACAUUUACUGAAAUUUUCUAUUUCAGAAACGAAAAUGAAGUAUAGUAAACUUAUUAAUAUGAAGUAAUGAAUAUGAGAAAAACAAUUCAAUUUAAUAAAUUUAGAAGUCUAAAAUUAAAUACAAGUAAACAAUACUAUACAUUUUUUUAAUAGAUAACGUAAUUAUGGAGUAUGAAAAUAGAUUAAAAUGAAAACUAAAAAGAACAUAAAAAGUUGGUAAUUAAGUUUGAAUACAAAUUAUAUUAAAUUCAAAUACAAAUUAUGUUAAACUUAAACAAAUUACCAGAUUAAAAAUUAAACCUUUUCACUGUAUUAAUGUAGGAACUUUUAACAGUACUAAUUUCUAUAAAUAGAAUAAUAUUUUAUGUAAAUAAUUUUGUUUGAUUUAUAAGUAUUGCAAAUGUUAGGAAACGAAGAUAUUAAACACACAAGCUUGUAUAUGCAUCAAAAAUAUUACAUUUCUAUGAGCCUGAAUUGCUUGAACAAAAAUUAAGUUGAAAUAAUAAUAGUAAUAGUAGAAUAAAUUUGACAUAAAAUAUUUUUUUAAUUCAUUAUCGAAUGUUCUGAUUAAUACCUGUUGUAGUACCUUUUUUAAUUGUAAUUUUUUAUUUCUCUCGUUAUUAGUAUCCAAGCAAUUCAGAAUUCACUAGGUUUUGACAAAAAUAAUUAAUUAAGUUUUCCUAAUUAUCACAGGUAAUUUGUAAGAAUUUUAGAAUUAGUUUAUACUAGAAUUACAUAUUCUUAUGCGUAUAUAUACAGUUCUUUCAUAUUCAAAUGAAACCCUUUCAAAAAUUUUUUAAUUUGAUUAUUCUUUAUCGUAACAUUUUAUAUUGAAAUAUAAACAUAAAUCAAGAUGAAAAUAGAAUAUGAAAGAUCUGGUUGAACUAUAUUUGAUACAAUAAUUAAGUCUAGAUAAUUGUAAAAUUGCAUUUUAUGAAUCUAUAGAAUUAUCUGUGUGAUAUAUAUAUAUACAUAUAUAUAUGUAUAAUAAUUACUUACAUAAGUGAAUUGUGCGGACGUGUUCUGAAAAGUGAACUAAAGAAAGUGAAUGGACAACAUCCUAAAAUGACCCUCUGUGCUUUUUUCUCAGUGAAAAAGGGCAGAAUUGUUUUCUUAAAGGGACAGUGUUUGGUGAUGAAUAUUUGAAAAGCAUAGAAGAAAAAAAACAGAACGUGUACAGUGAAAUGUAAAACAAAUCCAAGUGUUUGUGCUUGACGACCAACACUGUGACGCUCUUUUAAAAUAAUAUUUUAAAAGUGCGUUACAGUAUGGCGCAACCAAAGGUGCAGUGGUUUAAUCACACAGUAGUGUUGCAGCAACAAAUAGAUGACCAUUUCGCUGAGUCAAUGCAUUCAUUAUUCCUACUUCACCUACCAAAGUUUCAGUGGCGUCAAAUGAAAAAAAUCAUUGUUACGUUAGAAAUGUAAAUAAUUUUAACAGGAAGAUGCGUUAAUAAUUUCAGUGGUAUUUAAAGAUAUAACAACUAGAACAGAGUUCACUAGAACAGAGAAAUUUUCCAGGAAGAAAUAUUUUGGUUAAUUUCAGUGGGAUUAACAAAAAAUUUGUUAUGUAGACAGCUUAGUUAUGUCACUUCAAAAAUGCAUGCUGUGACUUGGCAUAUAGUCACAUGGGUUUUGAACACAAGUUUUCUCGUGAAGUUGAUCGUGAAUUUGGUGAUGUGGUUUUUCUUGUUUUGUCAAGAAGAUUCUUCCCAUCUUGCUUAGAUUGAUUGUGCAAUUAGUGUUUUCUGUGGUCUGUGGCCAUUUCUGGUUCUUAAUUUCUAAACAGUAAUCUAACAUUAAAAGGAAAAAAUAGAGUUUCUAUAUUUUGAUUUUCUCAAAAACAUUUGUGUCAAAUUUAAAAGUGAAGAAUAGUCUGUGCUGUUUCAGUGUAUUCUGUUAAAUUCUUUUUAAAUUCAUUAAAACUUUUAAAUCUAUUAAAAUUAAAGAAACAAAAAAGAAAGAUUUGUUUCAGAGCCACCGUGACGAAAGGAUAGAAGGAUAGAAGAAUCCAUCUACCAUCUACUGUAUUUUACAUGUUGUAUGAAUAAAUCACAUAAAUUGGCAAAUA